AUGGAGAAGAUCCAGCAUGCAGAGCAGAAGCAUAAGCACAAGGGGACAUUCACUGAGAGCUCUAAAAAUAUCAGCUGCACUGCAUGCAGUCUGGACAUGAUCAAUGAUAUGGUCAUGAGCAGACGUAAACCAGCAAUUUCACCCAGAGAGAUGAAUGCCCUGCUGGAUUACCAUAACCGAGUCCGCUCUCAGGUCUUUCCUCCUGCUGCUAAUAUGGAGUACAUGCUGUGGGAUGAGGGACUUGCUAAGUCAGCUGAUUCGUGGGCUUCACGAUGCGUUUGGGAUCACGGUCCGACACAGGCCAUGAAAUACGUGGGUCAAAACCUGUCAGUCACUUCAGGAAGGUACCAGUCCAUCACAGAUCUGGUCAGGUCCUGGAACGAUGAGAGGCAUCACUUCUCCUACCCAAACAGAUGCAGUGGAUCAGUGUGCUCUCACUACACUCAGGUAUGA